GGCUGAAGCUGAAGCAGCAGCAACGGCGGUUGUUGUUCCUCCUCCUCACUGAGGGCUUGAAUGGUGCCUCGGAGGUGGCGGUGACAGCGCCCGGCUUGGCUUUGGCGAGAGGGAGGGAGGAACCAGAGGCCUCUCUCUUCAGCCAUGGCUGGGGAAAACGGCGGCGGCGGAGGAGGAAGAGGCGGACACUCGUCGGAGCUGCGAGCGGAGCUUUAUUUCCUCAUCGCUCGCUUUCUGGAGAGCGGACCCUGUAAGCAAGCGGCUCAGGUCCUGAUCCGAGAAGUAGCCGAGCAGGAGCUCCUGCCCAGGCGCACCGACUGGACCGGGAAGGAGCACCCUCGGAGCUACCAGAGCCUCGUAAAAUAUUAUAGACAUUUGGCACCUGAUCACCUAUUCCAGAUAUGCCAUCGACUAGGACCACUUCUAGAACAAGAAAUUCCACAAAGUGUUCCAGGAGUCCAAACAUUGUUAGGAGCUGGAAGACAGUCUUUGCUUCGCACAAGCAAAAGCUGCAAGCAUGUGGUGUGGAAAGGAUCUGCUCUUGCUGCGUUACACUGUGGAAGACCUCCAGAGUUGCCAGUAAACUAUGGCAAUCCUGCUAGCAUAGCUGAAACUCUCUUUUCAAGAAAAGUAAAUGGAAAAUACAGACUUGAACACUUAGUUCCAACUGCUGUUUAUCAACAUAUGAAAAUGCACAAGCGGAUCCUAGGACACUUGUCUUCAGUAUAUUGUGUAACAUUUGAUCGAACAGGCAGACGAAUAUUCACUGGUUCUGAUGAUUGUCUUGUAAAAAUCUGGGCAACGGAUGAUGGAAGGCUGCUUGCUACUUUAAGAGGACAUGCAGCUGAAAUAUCAGACAUGGCUGUUAAUUUUGAAAACACGAUGAUUGCUGCAGGGAGUUGUGACAAAAUGAUAAGAGUAUGGUGUCUCCGAACGUGUGCCCCUUUGGCUGUUUUGCAAGGCCACAGUGCAUCAAUAACGUCAUUACAGUUUUCUCCACUAUGCAGUGGUUCAAAAAGAUACCUGUCUUCAACAGGGGCUGAUGGAACAAUAUGCUUUUGGUUGUGGGAUGCUGGAACUCUUAAAAUAAAUCCAAGGCCAACAAAGUUUACGGAACGUCCGAGACCUGGAGUGCAAAUGAUCUGUUCUUCUUUUAGUGCUGGUGGAAUGUUUCUGGCCACUGGAAGUACAGAUCACAUCAUUAGGGUUUAUUUCUUUGGAUCAGGUCAGCCAGAGAAGAUAUCAGAGUUGGAGUUUCAUACUGAUAAAGUGGACAGCAUUCAGUUUUCUAACACUAGCAGUCGAUUUGUAAGUGGAAGUCGUGAUGGAACAGCACGCAUUUGGAUGUACAAGAGAAAGGAAUGGAAGAGCAUUUUGUUAGAUAUGGCUACUCGUCCUGCAGGUCAAAACUCGCAAGGAGUAGAAGACAAAAUCACAAAACUGAAAGUUACUAUGGUAGCAUGGGAUCGCCAUGACAAUUCAGUUAUCACUGCUGUUAAUAACAUGACCUUGAAGGUUUGGAACUCUUUUACUGGACAACUUAUUCAUGUCCUUAUGGGCCAUGAAGAUGAAGUAUUUGUACUUGAAAGUCAUCCUUUUGACGCUAGAGUGCUCUUCUCUGCUGGCCAUGAUGGAAAUGUAAUCGUAUGGGAUUUAGCAAAAGGAGUAAAAAUCAGAUCUUAUUUCAAUAUGAUUGAAGGGCAAGGACAUGGGGCAGUGUUUGACUGCAAGUGUUCUCCUGACGGCCAGCAUUUUGCUUGUACAGACUCGCAUGGUCAUCUUUUGAUCUUUGGCUUUGGCUCCAGCAGUAAAUAUGAUAAGAUAGCAGAUCAGAUGUUCUUUCACAGUGAUUAUCGGCCUCUUAUCCGUGAUGCCAACAACUUUGUGCUGGAUGAACAGACACAGCAAGCACCGCACCUCAUGCCUCCCCCAUUUUUGGUUGAUGUUGAUGGUAAUCCUCAUCCAUCAAGAUAUCAAAGAUUAGUUCCAGGACGUGAGAACUGUCGAGAGGAGCAACUUAUUCCUCAAAUGGGGGUAACUUCCUCAGGACUGAACCAAGUUUUGAGUCAACAAGUUAGCCCUUUGGACAGUAUGAUACAACGACUUCAACAAGAGCAAGACCAGAGGCGAUCUGGAGAGGCUGGAACUAGCAAUAUUAACAGAAUUGGAAGGGGCUCUGUAACCACCACUUCAGAAGUUCAUUCACCACCAAAUGUGGGAUUAAGACGCAGUGGACAAAUUGAGGGAGUACGGCAGAUGCAUAGCAAUGCGCCAAGAAGUGAAAUAGCUACUGAAAGGGACCUAGUGGCAUGGAGUCGAAGGGUUGUUGUGCCGGAGCUGACAGCAGGAGUAGCCAGUCGACAGGAAGAAUGGCGAACGGCUAAGGGAGAAGAAGAAAUAAAGAUAUACAGGUCAGAAGAGAAAAGAAAGCAUGUUGUAAGCCAUGUUGCAAGAGAGAAUAAAACACCUCCUUUGCCGAAGAAUCAUACUAAUGAUCAUAUAUUAGAUAUUGGUGAUUCGAAAAAACAACAGGCCAACCCACAUAAUUACCGUACUAGAUAUGCAUUGGAAGAAACUCCAAGGCCAAAUGAAGAUAUGGAAAAUGGAAGCAGUUCAUCAGAGGAGGGAGAAGUUGUUGUUGCCAGCGGUGCAACAUCUGAAGAUGAAGGAAAGGCAUGGCACAGUGAUGGUAGUUCUAGUGAUUAUUCUAGUGAUUAUUCUGACUGGACAGCAGAUGCUGGAAUUAAUCUGCAGCCACCAAAGAAAGUUCCUAAAAUCAAGACAAAGAAAGUAGAGAGCAGUUCAGAAGAUGAGGAGGGUCCUGAAAAACAAAGGCAAAAGCAAAUCAGAAAAGAAAGAAAGAAAGGUAUUGAAGACAAAGAUGGUCCAACGUCACCAAAGAAAAAGAAACCCAAAGAGAGAAAACAAAAGAGGUUGCCUGUGGGAGUGUUAUCAGAAAAUGGCUUGACAUUGGAAGAAUGGCUGCCAUCAGUAUGGAUUACAGAUCCUUUCCCCCGCCGAUGUCCAUUUGUACCACAAAUGGGAGACGAGGUUUACUAUUUCCGACAAGGCCAUGAAGCAUAUGUUUCUAUGGCAAAGAAGAACAAAAUAUAUAGCAUCAAUCCCAAAAAACAACCGUGGCAUAAGAUGGAACUUCGGGAACAAGAGCUGAUGAAAAUAGUUGGAAUAAAAUAUGAAGUUGGGUUGCCUACACUUUGUUGCCUUAAACUGGCUUUUCUUGACCCAGAUACUGGUAAACUAACUGGAGGAUCUUUUACAAUGAAGUAUCAUGAUAUGCCAGAUGUUAUCGAUUUCCUGGUGUUAAGGCAGCAAUUUGAUGAUGCAAAACACAGACGAUGGAACAUAGGUGAUAGAUUUAGAUCUGUAAUUGAUGAUGCCUGGUGGUUUGGGACAAUAGAAAGUCAAGAGCCCCUUCAGCCAGAUUAUCCUGACAGCUUGUUUCAGUGCUACAAUGUCUGUUGGGACAAUGGAGACACUGAGAAAAUGAGUCCUUGGGAUAUGGAGCCUAUACCAAACAAUGGUAUGUGUCUACUUUCCCCUAGAAGUACAGAAAGGAGACAGAACUUACUAUCUGUCUUUCCAGAGGAGCUUGGAACUAGUGUUCCUUUAACUAGUGCUGAGAGCAAAUCACUGAUAUAUAAGCCUCUGGAUGGAGAAUGGGGCUCCCGGAGUCGCGAUGAUGAAUGUGAAAGAAUAAUUUCAGGGAUAAAUCAACUGAUGACUCUAGAUAUUGCAUCUGCUUUUGUGGCUCCUGUGGAUUUCCUAGCUUAUCCAAUGUACUGUACUGUUGUUGCAUAUCCUACUGAUCUCAGCACAAUUAAACAAAGACUGGAAAAUAGAUUUUACAGGCGUCUUUCUUCACUCAUGUGGGAAGUUCGGUAUAUAGAAUACAAUACUCGGACCUUCAAUGAACCAGGAAGUCCCAUUGUCAAAUCAGCGAAGUUUGUCACAGACCUCCUUCUGCAGUUCAUGAAAGAUCAGACUUGCUAUGACAUAAUCCCACUUUAUAAUGCAAUGAAGAAAAAAGUCUUGUCUGAUUCGGAGGAGGAAGAAGAGAAAGACAUUAACAUGCCAGGCACUUCCACUAGAAAGAGGAAGGAUCAUCAGCCAAAGCGGAGGCUGCGUAACAGAGCACAAUCCUAUGAUAUUCAGGCCUGGAAAUGGCAGUGUCAGGAAUUGUUGAAUCUGAUUUUUCAAUGUGAAGAUUCUGAACCAUUUCGUCAACCAGUGGAUCUUCUUGAAUAUCCAGAUUACAGAGACAUCAUUGACACACCAAUGGAUUUUGCUACAGUUCGAGAAACACUAGAAGCAGGGAAUUAUGAAUCUCCAAUGGAGUUGUGUAAAGAUGUGAGACUAAUUUUCAGCAACUCGAAAGUUUAUACACCAUGCAAAAGAUCAAGAAUUUACAGCAUGAGCCUGCGUCUGUCUGCCUUCUUUGAGGAACACAUUAGUUCCAUUUUAUCAGAUUACAAAUCUGCUUUGCGCUUUCAUAAAAGAAGCACAGUUAAAAGAAGAAGGAAAAAAAGAAGUAGAAGCAGUUCUGUUUCUAGUAGUGUUGCAUCAAGUCCAGAAAGGAAACGGCGACUAAUAAAGCCGCAGCUGAAAGCUGAACCCUCUGCUACUCCUGCCUCCUCUGCACCUGCCCGGGGAACGUCCUUGAGAAACAUUGCUGCUCAAAUGAAUGGGAAAAUGGUUGACUCUGUGACUUUGGUCCGAACAAGGAGUACAAGGGCAGUAACAGAAAUGGCUGUUCAUGAGCAGCCAUCUACUUCUUCAGCAGGAAAACCUUUAACUGUGAAACCUAGUAGUAUUAUUGCACAAGGGAUGCCAGUACCAGAAAAUUCCACCAAAAUUUCCAAGAACCAGAAUAUGUUACCAGUCCCUAAUCAAACCAAUUAUAGUCACAACACUAGGAAUAAUACUGGAAGAGAAAAUGUGGAAAAAGAUAAACAAAUUAAACGUAAAAUCAAACCAAAAUCUUCCACUAGCAAUCCACAAGCAGAUUGCAAGAAGAGCGCUGUGGCUUUGGCAUCAGGAAGCAUCCAGGUGAACGGACAUGGGGAACAUUCCUCAAGGCCUGUGUUUAAGAGGGGUCGUGGACGGAAACCCAAGAAUGAGACUAACAACAGCUGUGAAGUGGUACCCAAAAAAAGAGGGAGGAAACCAAAAAGCCUGUUACUUGCUCAACAGCAGAAUUUGGAGCAGAAUGCGAACCAAGCCACUAAAGGCUUGCUGACAGAGGAGGCCUCUGCUUCUACUGCAUGCAAUUCUAUCUUGGAAAAUAAUGUGAAAGAAGACCUAUUACAGAGGAAAGGGCGUGUAGGUAGAAAGCCAAGAAGAAAGCUGCAGGCAGAGCAGCCAGGAUUGGAACAUACGUUUUCUGCAGAUCCUAAGAUUCAGACAAGAAGCAGGAGAAAAAAAACAGAUGGACCUGUUGAAGAAGGGGAUGCAGAGCCUGAGGAAUGCAAAGACUCUGAGCCUCACAUGAGAACUAGAAACCAGGGGAGGAGGACAGCUUUUUACAAUGAAGACGACUCAGAGGAGGAACAAAGGCAGCUGUUGUUUGAAGACACCUCUUUGACUUUUGGAACAUCUAGCAGAGGCAGAGUCCGAAAAUUGACUGAAAAAGCAAAGGCUAAUCUGAUUGGUUGGUAACUUCAGCAUUUAAAAAAUGCUCAUAAAUAGGUACAACUUAGGAAUUAAAAGACCUAUGGAUCUGCUUUUGGCUGCUAUUUACAAGUGAGAUUGGUUUUUGAUUUGGAAAAACAGAGCAAAAACAAACUGAACGUUUCUUUGGAAGAAGUAUGUAUUUUAAACAUUUGCUAUUUAUUGCCCUCCAAGUAGGUUAUGCAUUUCAAUUUACUUCAGUUGGAAUCAAAGAUUGUAUAAACGAAACUCUUGAUUUGCAGAGAUGCUACUGUAAUUUUGAACAGUACAACCUCUAUUUGAUUAAAAUGAGUGAUUUUUUAAUGUUAACAGACUGAGAACAGAACUAUUUUUGGAUGAGCAAGGUACAGUACAUUUGUAUAGAGUGUGGUAUCUAUGUUUUGCAGGAUAUUGGCAGAAUAUGGCAGUAAACGCUAUUUAGAACAAAUGCAAAAUUGCCUAACUUUGCCUAUUUGGUAACAUUUAAUUCAGUAGUGAUUGGGCACACAGCUUUGUAAAAACCAAUGUAGUGCAGGUUGUUUUAUCUAUGUUCUGCGAGAGAGAGAAAUCACAGUGUGUAAAUCUAUAUAUUUAUAUAUAGAUAUGUAGAUAUAUAUGCAUACAUAUAUAUAUCCACAUUGGAAAAAGUUUGACUAAUAUGUCUAAUUUUUCAGACCUUCAUUCUCGUAUCAAUCAAAUCUCUGUUUAUCGUGCCAAAGACUGAAAACCGGUACAGUGGAAUAGUUUUGAGUGUCAGUGCAGCCUACAGUUUCAAUUAUGUUUAUGAUUCCAUGUUCAAAGUAUAGAUUGUUCUGAAAAAUUAUCUCUACUGAUACUUUGUAAUAAAAAUACACAGUAAUGCACUGGUGGGAUCCUUUAACAAAAACUUGAGGGUAAGUUAUAAAUUGUGUUAAAGGGAUCAAGGAACAUGCAGGAAAAUAUGAGAUUCUGGUGUUUAUGUUAUUAUCAUAUUAGCAAUUACUACAAAUUGUGUUAAACUGACUAAAAUUACUUUCAGAAGUGUAUGUGCAUAUACAUAUUGAAUAUGUACACUAGCACAUCAGUACACAAUAUUACCCAGGUAUAAUUGUUUCAGGACAUUUUAAAUAGUACUAGAAUAUUAUGAAUUUUUAAAAUGUCAUACUAUAAUUUUACGGGGAAUAUUGGUUAUUUUCAGUCAUUAAAGAUAAAAGGCCAAAUCACUUAUGCAAUCAUUUUUAUACAGUAUUCUCAUUGCGCAUUGUUUUCUGCACUUUCUACAGUAUACUUAUCAAGCUGACAUGAGUCAAUAUAAACACCCUAAAGGAAAAAUCCCACUUUAUGAUUGUGCCUUGUAUUCUGUUAUUUCGUGCAUCUUUUAGUAAGCUUAAGUUGUCUAUUGUAAAUGAUGAAUAUAUGACUUAGGGAAUGUAUUGCUGUAUGUACUGCAAUGGAAAAAGACAGUUAUUUAUUUAUGGUACAUUUACUUAUUUUAUACUUUAAAAUUUUAAUACAAGUUUAUUGUUUAAAAGCAUAGUCCAAUUUAAAAGGAAAAAAGUUACACUGUUGCAUGGUACAAAAAUAUAACUACGCUUUUCAUAUAACACUGGGGAGAAGAAAAGUAAAAAUGAGGGUUUCCAUGUUUGUGAAAACUGCCUGGCCUUGAGCAGGAAAUGAAGAGUUGGCAGCAGUUGGCUCCUCGUGCAUAUAUUCACAAGAGCGGUGUGGUGCUGUCAGCUUGUAGGAAUGCAGUGUGAAGGGCGAAGACCUGACUUAACUUGUGAUUCUAUUAGUGGAAAGAGGAGGGUAAUUACGUUGCUCACCACUCUGAAUAGAUUAUUAACUCCACCAAUCUGUUUCCAAGCCAGUUUUGAGAACAACAGAUAGAUCCAGCCCCAGAAGCUAAGAGGGCUGCACAGCUUUCAUCACCUUCUACACAUGUAGAUAACAUCUGACCUGUCUUCAACCGCACACAGUGGAAAACAACUAAAUUAAAAUGCAUUUCUUAGGUUACUACCAACAUCAUGCACAGCAGUGUCAUUCAAUCUCUUCUGAGAUAAGUUAACCAUGAUAGGAGUUACACCACUUUAGAAAAUUUGAGUGCAGAACUUUAAUUCCAAUUGGCUGGUUAAUUAUUAUUAUUUUCUUGGUGCAAAAAAGAAAAGAUUACAGUCUGGGUGAACCACCUUUCAUAAGUCUUGACUCCCUAUAUAAGAAGGAAUGCAAGAUAAAAAGAAAGUAAUUAGGCUAAGAUCACGACAUGGAAAACAAUCUCAGACUUCUACAUAGUACAUGUGAUAUAACAUACUGAUUUAUGUGAUCUUGGUUUUUGAUUAGCUUUUUAAAAAUACAUAUUUCUAAUAUUGCAAGCAUUAAACAUGAAAACAUUACAUAAAAGCUGUAUCAUGGUGGAAUGUUUCAUACUUCAGAGUUAAAUCAUUGUAGAUUUGUAUUGCCCAGUUUUAACAAUCUCAUUUAACACGGUCAAUUUGAAAUAUUUGAUUCUAUGAUGUUGUCAGUGUCAUCAUACAAAAGAUUUAUAUUUAUAUAAAUCCAUGUAUGUGUGUAUAGAUGUUUAUGUGUGUGUGUGCAUAUGUGUGUAUAGAUGUACACAUAUACACAUUCAGUGUGUCUGUGUAAUACUGGGAAAUGAACUAAAACUCAUAGUCAUCAGAGUCUGAAAAUUACACAUUUCAAAACUACGAAAUUCAGAAGUCUAACAUGCAAAACAAAUGUUCAUGAACAGCACUAAAAAUUCAUUUCACCUUAAUUUUUCAAAACAAUUCAGUAAUUUAUUGAGUAGAAAUGACACAUACAUACUAGAUUUUCUUGUGAUUUCAGUUGCCUUGAUUUGACUUUGUUGCUGUCUAUGAGUGAUCUGCAAAAUUCUCAUUGUAUCAGCACAUUGAACUUCUCAUCUAGCACAUUUUAAAGCCAGCAAUAAUUAUUGGUUCAAUAGCUUUGGAUGGGUAGGGAAUAUAGAAGAUGUGUUAUGGAUAAUCCUAUCUCAAGCAUAAUCUAAUGUUUUUUAUGACAUAGUUACAUGGAUAGGUGCAGUUUAUGUUGGCAAUUACAAUUAUAGAAAUGGGUUUCUCAAACUUAGCAGUUAUGAAAAAGAAAUGGUAAAUGCUGGUACUGCUUCUGAUACAGGGCUGUCCAUUAAUCUGUAAUGUUGGUUGUUAAUUUAAUAUUAACUAGUGGUUACUACAGAAUGGUGUCUAAUUAGCAGAGCAUUCCUUGUCCUUUGAGAAGCAACUAAUUGAUUCACUUCAGUAAUUAUAAACCCCAAUACUGGCUUCAUAAAAAUAGUACUAACUCUUAAUUCUAAUUGUUUCCCAGGAUAAUAUUGGAUGUUGACCAAAUAAGGUUUUUCAGCAGCACAUUUUGACUAAUGAUGAAAUCUUACAAGAACUGACUUGUAAGGGGCUGCUGUGAGUUAAAAUUGUCCAGUUACUUGUACUAUCUCCCCACUUUAUACAUAUUCAAUUGCCACUAGUAUUAUUUUGGAUUAAUCUGUGUAACAUACUAUUCAAAAAGUACUAUCAAGUUUUAAAAAUAAACGGCCACAUACAUGUAUUUCACACACAUAGGUCAUGUAUCUAAAUUGGCUGUUAAAUGUUAAAGGCGUUGACUGGUGGUGUCCUGUGAAGCUCAUUGUUGUUUUCUAUUAAUAGAAUAAGUUCCAAUGUGCUGAUAAAUCUGAAAUACCAGUUUUCCAACAAAAUAAUACUUUUGGAUGACCUAGGCCACAAUCUCUGUAUAAAGCAGCACAUGUAGAUGUUACCUGCCCCUGAUUUUCCCUCUCCGCCAGUGGACUUCCUCACAAGUGGAAAGUGGACUGGUGGGCCAGUUGUGUCUGUAUGCCCAGCACUGGUAUGUUAGAGACCGACUGAAUCGGAUUUUACUGUGUUUUCAUGUAUUGCUUAAUCUUGCACUUCAUUUAAUUGGACCUAAGCAUUCACCUGAAAAAGGGCUGUCAGUUUCUGCUGUAAAUAAUGUGUACAUAUAUAUAUAUAUAUGUUUAUACUUUUAAAAAAAUGGUGUACAUUUCAUAUAUAGUGGUCAAGUCUGAAAAUAAUUUCUAAUAUAAAAAAUCUGGUAUGGCAUUUUUAAUAUGUUAACUUUACAUAAUUUGUAUUUUAAUCAAGAUUUACAAGAACUAUGGAAAAGUUGUGAUACAUUAAAAAAAACUUUGGAAGCACUCCUGUUUUUGUUUUUCAGUUCAGAGUAGUUUUAGAAUAGAAGGUACUUUGUGUUUCAGGAAGGCUACAGUUAUUGGGCGAAAUCCGAUACGAUGUUCAUAUGAAAAAUUCUAGUGCUGGUGUUCUUUCUUUAGUGUAUGUUAUUGCCAAGGCAUAAUUCAAGUCCUGAGAAUAGGAUUUUUGCUAGUGGAAAUAUUUUUGUACCAGCUGACAGACACCAUUUGCUUAUAGCCCUUUGUCAGUUUUUGCGUUUUAGAAAGUACUAUAGAGAAGGACACUUUGAAGAUGUUAAAAAGACCGAAUCUGCCUCUUUAAAAUGUAAAUAAUUUGUGUUUAUAUCACACAUUUUUCCUUUUGAUACAGAAAUGAGCAAAUGCUAAAUAUUGGCUUAAAAAAUAAAAUUCGGAUAAUUGCAUCAGGAAACGUUUUAUGUUUUUAAAAAUUAUUUUUAUGUUGAAAAAAUACCAUGCUUUUAAAGAAAAAAUAUCAGCACCAAAAUCAUACACUUGCACAGGGGAAUUAAAACAGUAUAUGUAUCAAACACAGAUUUAAUAAUAACUGUUGACACUUUUCAAAGUUACAUUUUUGGACCAUAACACUGCCAAAAUCUGACAUGUGGGUCCUUGAGUGAAUUAUUUAUACCUUGUUACUUAAUGUUGAGGCAUAUAUUGUAAAGCAAUUUGGGAAAAUUGUCUGGAAUACAGAAUUUUGAAACUGACACAUUUUAAAGCUAUGCUUAUUUUGUAUAGUACUUAAAUCCAAAACAUAGCAUACAGUUUUACAAAAAAAUCUUCAUUUUUGUCAAUGUUAAUUUCUCUUAGAAAUCUGCUUUAUCAUGUUAUAAAGUGCAGUCUCACACCUGGAUGAACAGUGCCCUUUCUUUUUGUAUAUACUGAUUAAAACCUUUAUUGUUAUGUGAAACAUGUCAGUUUUGAUGAAUACUACUUGGAAUCCUUUUAUACAGACUAGAAUGUAUGUGUAAGAAUUACUGUCACUGCAAUGUAGUAACUACAAAACUAUUUUUAAAUAAAUAAGAAAACUCGUUUUUCUAA